GGUCGCUUUGCUUAUCCUGGUGUCGGUUUCCGCGUCGAUCGAGUUUUAAUUAACAUCACCGAAGAAGAUUGUCAUCCCCUUCCUUACAAUAACACUCAUUUCGAUUUUCUCUCCAAUAACAAUCGCCCAGCCCCUUCUGCCCUUCCACGACGAACAUCUGAACGUCUGCGGUUAUUCCCACCUCAAUAUUCUUCAGGAUCUUCCCUUCCGCCUUUGCCAAAGCUUUCACGCGGAUCCUAUCGGCAUGAGAAUCCCUUCUGCUCAGAGAAUGUGGAUGUUACCAACUUCCUGAAUCUUAACUCCUAUGCGAAUCAUGACGACUUCUGUCUGGCCUAUGUUUUCACCUAUCGCGAUUUCGCUGGUGGAACUCUGGGUCUCGCUUGGGUGGCUGAGUUAGGGGGUUCUGGUGGGGUUUGUGAAAAGCAUCGUCUAAUGAGGGAAGGUAGCCAUACGGUGAAGAAGAGCUUGAAUACUGGUGUGGUCACUCUGCUCAAUUACGGAAGUAGAGUGUCCAUGAAGAUCUCCCAGCUGACCUUCGCUCACGAGAUGGGUCACAAUUUGGGGGCCAAACAUGACGAUGACUUUAAGGAUGAGACGCCAGCUUGUCUGCCCUCUGUGGAUGACCCCAAAGGCAAUUACAUCAUGUUUGCCAGCGCUACUGGCGGCGACAAGGAGAAUAAUAACAAGUUCUCUCUGUGCUCCGUCAACUCCAUCGCUCGACUGCUACAUCAGGUGCUGAAGAAUCACACCCGUGUCUGCAAGGGCGGUGAGUGUCUUGGCUCGGUCUGCGAACGAAUUCCUGGUUGGACAGAGUGCUCUUUGUCACGCGGGGAGGAUAUCACUCCAGAGAUGAUGUGCUACGUUGCCUGUCGCAAUAUCCGAAAUGACACUCCCUGUAUCAGCACCAUUCAGCUUGAAACUGAUGAGAAUCUUCGCAAGGCUUAUCCCCGACUCGCGGCUGAGUUGCUCCAACAGCCCGGAGGACGGGCAGUUCGUUUGCAGCCAGGCACCCCCUGUGAUAAUUACCGUGGUUACUGUGAUGUCUUCUUCGUCUGUCGAUCUGUUGAAGUUGAGGGACCUCUAGCCAGACUUCACAAACUCCUCUUCUCCCCUCAAAUGCUCAGUAAAGUUAAGACGUGGAUUACGGUGAGCGAAUUUCGACAAACUGCAUACUACAGUACUCCCUCCUCUCGAACCUACCAUCCUCAAUCUACGAGAGGCCAUCCAGUCCCCUUCAUCCCACCCCCACCCCUUCAACACUCCAACUCUUCUGCCAGCGCUGCCCACUCUCCCCCACUGUCACCAAUCGAGCCGAAUAGCAGUGCCAACAAUUACCAAAAAGGCCAGAGGAGGCGAUUUCCACCUCAAGGCAACCUACCCAGAGAGCAAUUCGCCCCACCCUUCCGUCUAAAACGCCGACGAACUAUUGAUCCGAUCAAUGGAGUGGAGAGGCAAGUCUCGGAGCUUAUUCCUGCAUCGUCUGUCCCUGUGCCGUAUCAUAGGAGUCGGGGAGGAGGUGGUGGUGGAAGUGGUGGAAGGGGUCUUGCCAGACCUCCAUCGUCUAAUUCUUCAAAAGCUCAACCCAAAGUCACAGCAAGACCAGUGAGUGUCGUAGUCUACCAGGAGCCGGUCCUACCCUCGCAUGUUCGUGACCUUCCAUCAGGUCAUCCGCCCUCUCAACCAUCUACAUCAUCACAGGAUCGUCGUCAAACCUCUUCUAGUGCAAGUAACCCCCUUAGUGGUAAUAAACAAAUUCACAAACAGAGACCCAUGUCAUUUGUUGUACUGGGUACCGCGGUCCCGUCUGGAGGUAGCCAUGACAACGAGAAUCUCCUUCUCCUGAUGCCACCUAUUAAUGACAGCCCUCCACCUGCCUAUAGUCCUCGCAGCCACAAAAACGUCGAUAAUCAAGCCGACCACAAUGUCAACACCUAG